AUGUCGAAAGCAAGUAGUAAAAAAUAUUACCAAAAAUAUACCAAAGCGUGGGAAUCAGAUGUAUUAUUGAAAGAAUGGAUUUCACCAGAUAUAACGAACAAUAGUAUGGCAAUAUGUAAAUAUUGUCGAAUAAAUCUAAAAGCGGACAGAAAAGAUUUAGUUGCUCAUGCUAGUACAGAAAAACAUAACAAAUCUGUUGAGGCACAUAAAAGCGCAAAGUCAUGUUAUACUCUUCCAACUCUAUUUAAAACAAUAGAUUCAGAAACAAUCAAAAUUGCAGAAUUAAAAAUAACGGCUUUUAUUGCAGAACAUGCUUCUAUACACACUGUUAAUCAUUUGACGGAAAUUCUACCUAAGUUAGAUAAAACAUCGGAGACUUUAUCUAAAUUGAAACUGCACAAAACAAAGUGUACUAUGAUAAUAAAAAAUGUGCUCAGUCCUUGUAUGUUACAAGAUUUAGUGCAAGAAAUUGGCGAUUCUGCUUACUCUAUUAUUAUCGAUGAGAGUACCGAUAUCUCUACUUUAAAAAUUCUUUGUACAAUGAUACGUUUUUUCUCCAUGCCGAAAAAGAAUAUAGUUACUACUUUCUAUCGAAUAAUUAAAUUAACUGAAUUUGAUGCUCAGAGUAUAUGUGAUGCCAUAAAAGCUCAAUUACAAAGUGACAAUCUAAAUUUUCAAAAUCUAAUUGGAAUAGGUGUGGAUGGUGCCAAUGUGAUGAUCGGCAAAAACAAAUCUGUUGCCACUAUUUUGAAAAAAGAUUUGCCCGAUCUUAUCGUCGUUAAGUGUAUAUCUCACUCUUUGCACUUAUGUGCAGAAAAGGCUACCGAAACGCUGCCUAGGCAAUUAGAAUUUUUAGUUCGUGAAGUUCACAACUGGUUUUCUUACAGUUCUAAACGCGUAGAAGAGUACAAAAAGUUAUAUGAAAUAAUCAAUAAUAACAAUAAUCCUAAGAAAGUGGGAGCGCUAAGUGGAACUCGCUGGUUGGCUCGUUUCCAAGCUAUAACUACAAUAUUAGACCAAUGGAUCGAAUUAGAACUGCUCUUUUCUAUUGUUAGAAAGCAAGAUAAAUUUCCAGCUCAAUUACAAAAUAUAGAAGACAAUGAAAUUACCAACUUUGAUUUUCAUCCUUACUUGAUGGAUACUUCAUCAAUAUAUUUAGGUUAUGACUUUGAAUCUGCGGCCCAGAAUAUUAAUGCAAGUGACUUAACUGAGAUAAGACAGCGAUGUAAAAAUUUUUUAGUUGUUUUAGCUGAGCAAAUUCAAAAUCGAUUACCGGAAAAUUUAUCAAUUUUAAAAAUGAUGUCAAAUCUUGACCCAAAAGUUGCAACAUCUCAGGUUAAACCUGGUUUACAAGAAUUUUUUAAAAUUUAUCGUACUGAUGUGUUUGGAGUAAAGCAGGAUGUCGAAAAUGAAUGGCAUCAACUACAAAACAAAAAAUGGACACAUUUAUCAAACACUGAAGAAUUUUAUGCUGAAGUCAGUGAGGAUAAGGAUGCAGCUGGGAAUAGCAGAUUUAAAAAUGUAGCCAAAUUCGCAACAGCAUUACUUUCGUUACCUUUUUCAAAUGCAAGCGUGAAGCGCGCAUUUUCCAUUUACUCAAUAAUUAAAAACAAAUUGAGAAACAAAUUAUCACCUGAAAUGUUACAGGCUUUAAUGAUGGUAAGAUAUACUCUACAGAGACAAGGUUCGUGUAUAAAUUUUAAUCCAACACCAGCGAUGCUAAACAAAUUUGAUUACAAAAUGUACGAUUUUAAAAAUAAUUUGGAAAUUCAUGAUGAUUGUAGUGUAAUGGAGGAAAUAUUAGAAAGUAUAAAUUUAAUAUGAU